GGCGCGGGCAGAGCGGCGCGGGCAGCGAUGGCCGGUGGGGAGCAGCGCGGCGCGCCCGGCGGCCCCGAGCGGGUGGCGCUGAAGAAGGAGAUCGGGCUGGUCAGCGCCUGUGCCAUCAUCAUCGGUAAUAUCAUUGGUUCUGGGAUCUUUAUUUCUCCAAAAGGAGUUUUGGAGCACACCGGCUCGGUGGGACUCGCUCUCAUUAUUUGGGUGCUUGGCGGUGGGGUGGCUGCCCUUGGCUCGCUAUGUUACGCCGAACUGGGAGUCACUAUCCCCAAAUCGGGAGGGGAUUAUUCCUACGUCACAGAGAUUUUUGGUGGGUUAGCUGGGUUUCUGCUGCUGUGGAGUGCCGUGCUUAUCAUGUACCCUACCAGUCUGGCCGUCAUUGCGCUGACCUUCUCAAACUAUGUCCUGCAGCCCGUCUUCCCUAACUGUAUUCCCCCCUAUAAUGCCUCCAGGAUCCUCUCCAUGGUGUGUUUACUCCUCCUGACCUGGGUGAACAGCUCCAGCGUUCGAUGGGCAACCCGCAUUCAGGAUAUAUUUACAGCAGGAAAACUCUUAGCCCUGGCCCUUAUCAUUAUUGUGGGCUUCAUACAGAUCUUUAAAGGAAACUAUGAAGAGCUGACACCAAGCAACGCAUUCAAUUUUUGGAUGACUCCAUCCGUGGGGCAUUUAGCAUUAGCUUUUCUUCAAGGGUCGUUUGCAUUCAGUGGCUGGAACUUCUUGAACUAUGUAACAGAAGAACUGGUAGAUCCCCGCAGGAACCUACCUCGUGCCAUAUUCAUAUCCAUCCCAUUGGUGACAUUCGUGUAUACGUUCACCAACAUUGCAUAUUUCACUGCCAUGUCACCCCAAGAGCUCUUGUCCUCCAACGCUGUGGCGGUAACAUUUGGUGAAAAGUUACUGGGCUAUUUUUCCUGGGUUAUGCCAGUCUCAGUGGCCCUAUCUACAUUUGGAGGAAUAAAUGGAUACCUUUUUACCUCAUCAAGGUUAUGUUUCUCUGGUGCCCGAGAAGGCCAUUUGCCAAGUCUGCUUGCCAUGAUCCACGUCAAGCACUGCACGCCCAUCCCCGCACUGCUCGUCUGCUGUUUGGCCACUCUCAUCAUCAUGCUUGUUGGAGACACAUACACGCUAAUCAACUACGUGUCAUUUAUUAACUACCUCUGCUAUGGAGUGACAAUUAUAGGCCUGAUCGUGUUGCGCUGGAAGAAACCCAAAAUUUUCAGACCGAUCAAGGUGAAUCUCCUCAUCCCCAUCACUUACCUGGCGUUUUGGGCAUUUCUGCUGAUCUUCAGCUUAUACUCCGAGCCGGUCGUCUGUGGCAUUGGACUCAUUAUCAUUUUAACUGGAGUGCCGGUGUUUUUCCUCGGAGUCUACUGGAGAAAUAAACCAAAGUGUGUAAAUAGGCUAAUAGGUAAGGCAGCGCCGCGGUGCCUCGCUGCGCUCCUGGGGCUGCUCGGGGCUGCCAGGAUCCGCUUAACCUCGGCCACAUGGGCGCUAAAACAGCCAGGGAACCGGCCAGCGAGCCCCACCACCGCUCUCAGCCGCGGGCACAAGGUGGCCAGGCAGCGCUUGCCUUUGGGCAACUGCUGUGCUCACUCCUGCCUCCUCUCCUGCGCCCCUGCGACUCCCCAUCCACCCGGCUCGCCCACAGCAGCCUGUCCCAGAGCAGACACGCUGGAGGGCAAUUUUAAACACAUGGAGGAGAAAUGAGUUCUCACAAAAGGACUAAUAAAUGGCCGAGGGCUUUGCCUCCCCCCUGCCCUGCUUUCUUCCUGGCGGGAUGCGCGUCCCUUCACGCGUGGGGUGGCCCCGGCAUCGCUUCUGCUUGGCAGAGCCUGAGCAUCCCCAUUAAC